UCCACCUGCACACGGUGAGUCGGCCAAACAUGGCGGAGAUUCGGAAGAUCAGCUACUGACAAGGAGCAUUAUUUUAUUAAUGUCAACAAUCAACUAGAAAACAUAUCGAUAACAACUGACGAGGGAAUAUGGUAACUGUGGAAAACGAAACAUUAUAUUUGCGCAUUAUUCUGUCUCCACUUGAAUGUCAAAUGAGUAUGUGUGCAACAGUGAGCAGUAGAACGCUUCACUGAACGCACAACCAGUUUUUGUUUCAACCUUGGAUGGGAUUUUAGCACUCUAUAGAAAUGUGUCAGAGGUAGUCUCCAGUCAGUCCAUUACCACCCCCCUUCCCUGGCCCCUCCGAUAAAGUCCUCUACCCGGCAAGGAUGACAUCGACGGACCCCCCCACUCUACAACCUCCCUCUGCCCUGGACUCCCUCUCCGUGUCCUCUUUCCUGUCCGGGGACUUUGAGGACGAGGAGGGGGACAGAGUGGGGGAGGAGGGAGUCCUGGGCGACCUGGAGGUGAAUCCGUACGAUGGGUUGCCCUUCUCGUCGCGUUACUACUGCCUGCUUGAGGAGAGGAGGAAGCUCCCAGUGUGGAGCCUGAAGGCACGCCUGCUGGAGCACCUGGAGACACAUAGCAUGGUGGUGGUCGGGGCCCCCAGCGGCACAGGCAAGAGCACUCAGGUUCCUCAGUGGUGUCUUGAGUAUGCUCUGUCUCAUGAGUUCUCCCAUGGCUUGGUAUGCUGUUCCCAACCCUACGCCGUGGCUGCCGGGAGUCUGGCCCUUAGAGUGGCUGAUGAGAUGGACCUAAGUCUGGGCCUGGAGGUUGGCUACUGGGUCCCCCACGAUGACGGCUGUACCCCCGAUACGCUGCUAAGGUUCGUCAGUGACUCUCUGCUGUUGGGGGAGAUGAUGUCAGACCCUCUGCUGCGUCAGUACGGGGUGGUGGUGGUGGACGAGGUGCAGGAGCGAACGUUGCCCACCGACGUCCUCAUGGGCCUGCUGCUGGACGUAUGCGCCCAGCGCCCCCACGACCUCCGCGUUGUCCUGCUCACCGACCCGUCCCUCGCCCCCAGCCUCAAAGCCUUCCUGGGCGAGGCCGUCCCGCUGUUGACCCUGGACGAGCCCGGUGGGGAUGAGGACCGGCCGGCCGGGGGUUUGCCCGACCCCGAGACGAGGAGGAGGCCGCUGGCUGCCGUGGAAACGGUGUACCGGGACCCCGGAGGGAGGGAGGCAUCGUCGGCAGCCUGUCACAUGGUGUUGGAUCUCCACCGCAGGGGCGAUGAGGGAGACGUCAUGGUGUUCCUCCCCAGUGCCCAGGAGAUAGAUGAGUGUGGCUCUCUGCUGGACAAGGAAUCUGUGGCUCUGAGCCCUCAGCUGGGGCCCCUGCGCAUUUUACACCUUCAUGCAGGCCUGGGAGGGGCCACCCAACGUGUCUAUGAACCCGAGCCAGAGGGUCCCUCUGAGGACACGGAGGAGUCAGUGGGGUCUGAAGGACUGGAAGGGCCGGGGAUAGGGGUGGGGGUGAAGCGCAGAGUCAUCCUCACCGACAGCCUGGGGGAGGCCUCCUUCUCUCUAUCUGGAGUGCGAUAUGUCAUAGACACAGGCAUGCAACUCAAGACAGUUUACAAUCCUCAAAUCAGAGCGGACUCCCAGGUCCUGCGUCCAAUCAGCCGACAUCAAGCAGACAUGCGGACGCAGAGGGUAAACAGUGACCUACCAGGUCUCUGUUUCCGUCUGUACCCUCAGGCCCUGUAUGAGGAGGGCAUGGCGGAGGCCCGAAGCCCAGGGGUGGUGGAGGAGAACCUAAGCCACCUGGUGCUGCUGCUGAAGAGGCUCGACAUCGCUGACAUGGGCCAGUGCAAGUUUCUGGACAGGCCAGCUCCUGAGGCUCUGAUGCAGGCUCUGGAGGAUCUGGACUACCUUGCUGCGCUGGAUGAUGAUGGGAACCUGUCUGAGGUGGGCAUCAUCAUGUCUGAGCUGCCCCUGGAGCCUCCACUGGCCAAGGCCCUGAUCGCUGCCUGCGAGUUUGACUGUGUCAGCGAGCUGCUUACUAUCGCCGCAAUGCUCACAGCUCCCCCCUGCUUUGUGGCCCCCCCACCCCAGAGAGAGGAGGCAGCAGCCACUCACAGACUUCCCCUGUUGCACAAUGAGGGAGACCACCUCACACUCAUCAACAUCUACAAUGCCUACAUACAGCACAACGAGGAUGAUGCGUGGUGUACUACCAACUUCCUGAACCCUGCUGCAUUGCGAUUGGCUGUGGUGAUCAGGGCAGAGCUGUUGGAAGUGAUGCAGCGAAUAGAGUUGCCCGUAUCGCCUCCUGCCUUUGGUUGCCAAGACAACUGCACCAAUAUCAAACGUGCCCUUAUCUCCGGGUUCUUCCUUAAGGUGGCUCACGAUGUGGACGGCUCAGGUAACUACCUCCUGUUGACUCACCGUCACGUGGCUCAUCUCCACCCCUUCUCCUCGUAUCUGUGUCGCCGGCCUCUGCCCAACCCGCCCUCCUGGGUGCUCUACCACGAAUUUACCAUCUCUCACGACAACUGCAUACGCACGGCGUCUGAGGUGCACCCCCACAUGUUGGUGGAGCUAGCCCCUCAGUACUACCUGGGCAACCUGCCAUCCAGCGAGGGGAAGGACUUACUGAUGGAGCUCAGACAGAGUCUGCUGCCUCCCGAGGAGGAACACGAGAGGGGCCCGGAGGGGACCUAUGGCACACUACACAUCCAGGAACACCUGGACCGGACUGUGGAUCCCCGUAAUCAGGACACCACUGAGCUGUGUGUCGUCCAGUGACGGGAAGGGAGUGGGUCAUAGAAAGCAGAACCAACGGUGAAGAACCAGAGGGAUGUAGGAAACUCUCAAAGCGCUGCCAAGAACACACUUGGGAACAUGCAUGGACAGUUGAUGAGGGAGUACAUAUAGUAUACUAUCUAUCCAUACAAAGUUGUAUGGAAGCAGUUGUUUACAUCUGAGUGAAUAAGGGCUCACAGGUGAUAGUGAAAUCUUUCUCGUAUGAGAUUAAAUGCAUAUCACUUGAAACUAUGAGCGAAGUGCAAUCUGAUUAAACCUUUCUGUAAAGUUUCUAUAAAAUAAACUCUAUACUGGUAGACACAUUGGGGAUUAUAUAUUGUCAGAAAUUUUAACUAUUCUAUAAGGGUCUCCAAUACUUUACAGUCAGCUGUCAAGUAAACAUGUAUUCUUUGUAAUGAGUGGAAAGGUAUGGGAUUGAUAGUGACACCAGCCGAAAAUGGGGCUGAACUUCGUGGAAGGUUAAUGUGGACUGGACAUGUGAUUCUCAGGGUUUAUUUGGGUUCACAGAGGGUGAUCUACCGUUGUACGGAGCUUCCAUUUUGAGGGAUUUAGAAUACAGUUUUUGCUACCACUGUUCUUUGUAUUCUAUUGGGUUUAGUGUUUGUAUUUGGACCCCUCUAUCCCCCGCUCCAAUGUGUUUAACAAAUCCAAUAUUUUGUGUGUAAAUUAAAGCUGUCUGGUCAACUUCCCCCUAUCUAAUACAACUUUAAAUAUACAUUAUUGAACAUAAAAAUUAAAUGUUUAUUUGUU